AUGCGAGCGGGGUCCGCCGCCUUGCAGCAUAUGUCUGCUAGAAAAGCACGCAAAGAUCUUGCCAAUCGGAGAGCUGGUCAGCUGCGUCAUCUAGAGGAUCUCGUUAUUCAAAUAAGCAGCCCCACGAUUCCUCUUGGAUUGGUCGAAGGUCAGAUCUCCCUCGCAUCCGAGCAAAAGGAAACAGCGCAAAAUCCCCAAGAUGCAGCCAUGAAUGGUUUGACUGGCGUAGCAAGCUACGUUGGUCCACUUCAUUGGUCGGCGGUUUUGGAAAACAUUCAGGAGCUCAAGUCGGCCAUGGCCUCUGAGUACGACAAAUUCUGGAGGAAGCCCAAGCAGGUGUCGCCUAUUUGGCUAGGUCAGCUCUUUGCCAUCCUUAGCAUUUCGGUAAGAUUUCACGAAGAGCCCGUUGAUGAGAUACCCGCCUCGACUGCUUGCCACUAUAUGUCCAACCUUGAUUCAGUGCAAGAAGUCCGGAAUUCACUGGGCAUCGUUGUACGACUUGCUAUGCGUAUGGGCUAUCAUAGAGAUGCAAAGCAGAUACCAGGAAUAACUGCUUUCGAGGGUGAGAUGCGCCGUCGCGCAUGGGCUGUCAUUCAACAGGUGGAUCUCCUUUUAUCCUUUCAGAUGGGCCUGCCAAGCCUCGUCCAGGCCGAUACCUCUGAUGCUGAGCUUCCACGGAAUCUCCUGGACAAUGAAUUCGACGAGCUAACACCACAUUUACCUGCCUCCAGAUCGGACACCGGAAGUAUCGAACGCCGAAGUAAUGGCAGUGGACGCUCAACUUCGUCGUGUUUAUGA